GUGUUGCCAAUCGAAAUCGCUUGCUGUUCAAUCGGAAUAUUUAUAUAUAUACGUCGAUAUUCGAUGUGAAAGUGAACCUGCUAAAUGCGUGUGUGCCGAAAAAUAAGAGCGAUUGAAUUAGUGCAUCCUCGCAUUGAAUGAAAAUCGUGGCGGAAAAUGAAACGCAGUUGAAGGCGACAACGCACAACUGGUGCUUGUUGUUACAUAAAAGCCAACCUCGCCCUCUCUUCGUCAUCGUCUCGAGAAGUCACCAUUAAUAACAUCAUCAACAUCAUCAUCAUCAGCAUCAUCGUGAGCAGCAGCAGCAGAAGCCGAGUAAAAAAUCUAUACGUAUAUAUCGACGGAAGCAAAAGAAAAAUCAACUGAAAAUCAACUAAAACAGACAGCUAGCUGCUAGGAGGAGCGGCCGACAGGGGGGGGGCAGCUGCAGCAACCAUCUCCAGCCACACAACAUGAGCGUCUUCGACGACUUUCAACGUUUGUGGAUGCAGCGAUUCCCGCAGAGCUCCCUGUCCGACGCCUGGGAGCAGGAUGUGCGGGCAAGCCUAGAGCGGCACAAGCUCAAGAUCUGCGAGCUAAGCAAGGAGCUGGAGCAGGAGACCCUCUAUGUGGAGUAUCUGGAGCGGCUCUUAUCCGACGUGGAGAAGUAUCGUGCCUCCGGUGGAGAUCCCACGGCUCUCUUUGAGGCAGCCAGCGGGAGUGGGAAUGGAAAUGGCAGCAACAAUGGCAGCAGCACCACCACCACAAAUGGUGCGGGAUCAACAGCAGGCGUGGAUAAAGAGUUUAAAUCUAGCUUAAAUCUGCGCGAAUCGUCCUCGUCGACGUCGGGCAAGGACAAGGAUCGCCUGUCCCUGAACACGGACAACAAGUACACACACACAAAUGCUGCCGGAACGGGGAGCAGCAGCAGUAGCAGCAGCAACGUUCCGCCACAAUCAGCACCGCCAACGGGUGGAGGCGGCAAGCAGCGGAUACCGCAGCUAAUUGAGCGCGAGGAUCGGGACAAGGAUAGCGGCAAUGAGAAGGAUGCAAAUGGUGCCCUACAGCAGUGCAUCACAGAGCUGGCGGCCUCCAUCAAAGCCCAGCCGGACAAUGGCACAGCACAAAGUGGAGCAAGCGCAGGCGGAGGAGGUGGUGGUGGAGAUGCAGACAAGGAGUCUACGAAAGUGCCGCUGCGCAAGUCCACAUCGCAGUACGUCACCGUCAUCCAGGUCAAGGAGGCCAAAGACAAAGAGGGUGACGAUACAGCCACGUCGUCGUCGUCGUCGGUCAAUGACCAGCAGCAGCAGCAGCAACAACCCACGCCGCCCUCCACAUUCGCUCGUUAUGCGGGCAGCGGAGGAGGCACUGGAGGAGGAGGACUGGGUGCGGAACCCUCGGCCCCGCCGUUGUCGCCGUCGCUCACCUCGUACGCUGCCCACGUGGAGGCCAAGAAGAAAAUGCCACCCAGACCUCCGCCCAAGAAUAUACGGCGCGUGGAACCCCCCACCAUUCCCGGUCAGCAGCUGUCAUCCUCUCCCAAGCGGGAUACUCCCUUCACGGGCAGCACAAUGCCGCUGCCAAGCAGCUCUGGUGGCAGCCUUUCCGCCUCCUCGGAUAGUCCCGGUAACUCGCUGGAACGGAAUAUCAAGCCCUCGGACAUUCUACGACAGAAAUCGUCGGAGAAUCUGGACUCCAAAUAUGCUGCAAAUCGUAAGACCACUCCUGAGCUGGGCAAAUUCGUGAAUGUGAAUAAUCCGGAAUUGAUGGAGGAACUUGGUCGCAAAAUGGUGGGCAAGACAACAGAGAACAGCAGCAGCUUGGAGCAGGCUAAACGAAGUGAAGCUUCUCCUUCGAGCGGCGGCGGCGGUAGUUUGGGACGCACAGCAUCUACACCAGGACGAGCCCUGACACCGGGACGUAGCACAGGAGUGGGUGCCUCACCCACAGGCAGUCUGAGCAAGACAGCGAAACUGGCAGCAACGGAUAGCAGCUCGACGAGCAGCCUGGAGAAGAAGUCACGCACCUCACUGCAGGCCAGCGAUGCGGAGGGCGGAUCAGCGAAUCAGCGAAGUGUGGGCUCCAAGGAAUCGCUGGCAUCCCAGGGCAUAUCAGAGGUGAUCAAGAGCUAUGAGAGCGUAUCCUCGCUGAGUUCAGACAGCGCCAAGGCGGCGGCAGCAGCAGCAGCAGCGGCACAAGCAGCCGCAUCAACGGUGGCCGACAAUGAACCGUAUUAUGAUAGCGUACCGCUGGACAAUGGCGAGGGCGAGUAUGUGUUCAUUAAACCCGGCCGCACCGGCUCCUCCUCCAGUCGCGAUGACCUGUCCACGCCCGGUAGCAGUAGCACACUGCCCUUGGCCAAUGUGACGGAUCCCGAAUCUCCAGGCCGGACCUCCAACUAUGUCAACAUUGACUACUUCCUACAACAAAGCAACGAGACUCGCUCCAGCUCUCUGGACAGCGACGGGGAGUACGAGGGUCCGCCCAUACUGCGCACCAUUUCGCACGACGAGCAGACCACCACAUCGUCGCAAACCACGCCGGGAGCCCUUCGCAAGAACUUAGUUUCAGCGAUACUUGUCUGUGGAAAUGCCCGCGGUGCCAAAAUACGUUCCAUACUCAGCUCGAUUAUCCACAGCGAGACGAUCUAUGUGGAGUGCCUCAAUAAAAUGAUGCAGUACAAGAAAGCAAUCCAUGCCACGCUCAACACCUCGCAGCCUGUGAUCAAGGAGGAGGAGGAGAACACGAUUUUCUUUAAAAUCGACGAACUGUAUGAGCUGCACACCGGCUUCCUCAACGAUUUGAAGACCAUAGUGUCCCACGAGGGCGGUGAUGUGCUCAUAGGCGAACCCUUUCGCCGGCUGGCCGAUAUGUUUGAUCUGUACAGCGCCUUUCUGCACAAUUACAAGAACGCCAUCGAUACGGUGAAGAAGUGCAGUGCCAGUAAUCCGCAAUUCAAGAAGAUUGUCUCCACAAUUGUGGUCAAUCUUCAGACAGAGCAAUCACUGACGCUGGAGGAUCUGCUGCACAAACCAGUGGCCAGGGUACAGAUCAAUGCGUUGGUGUUCAACGAUCUGUUACGCGAGACACCGAACGCCCAUCCGGAUCAUCAGCCGCUGAGGCAGGCGCAGAAGAUCAUUCAGAUGUUCCUCAAUCAGUUCAAUGUGGUCAAUCAGCGGUUGCCCAGCGAAUCGAAUCGAAAUUUGCGGCGAAUGGUACGUAACUCGUUCAUCGUGGAGCUGGUCGACGGGCAUCGGAAGCUGCGUCACCUGUUCCUAUUCAAUGAUGUGAUUGCCUGCGCCAAGUACAAGGCAUUGGGUAGGGAUCGCAUUGACUAUGAGCUCAAGUGGUUUAUUCCACUGAAGGAUGUCAGCAUUAUCGAAGAGGCUGAUCCCGCUGCCGAGCUCAAGGAAUCUAGUCCAGCGAAUAUUUCGCAAGUGAAGCGCAAUUUGCGUUCGGUUCGCGAUCAAUUGGCCCUCGAGGUGGCCAGCAAUGGCCCAGUGCGGUCCGGUGAUAAAUACAAACGCAAGCUGGCCGAUCUGGAGUCCCAGCUGGUCCUGGCCACACCCAAUCUGGUGCUGCGGCUAAGCAACAAGGCCAACAACAAGACCAUGACCUUCUUCCUAAGCUCGGACUUUGAGCGAACGCAAUGGAUCGAUUCGAUAACAUCGCUCAAGCAAAAGUGCAAUCUGCCUGGAGCCAAUACGAUCAACUCGCUGGAGGUGAGCGCCUUCAUUGUGGCCAUGCAGCGGGGCAUGAAGACUGAAAUGGGUUCGUAUCUGAUGCGCAACACCAAUGAUGAGAGCCUCUUGGUGGGCGACCUGCAUAUGGGUGUCCAGGGCCUGAGUGGUCUCGAGCAGGCGGCUGAUCUAUACAUCUGUGUGGAGGUGGAUUCGUAUGGUCAUUAUUUCCGCAAGGCCACUACCAAGAUGGUCUGCCGAAGCCAGACGCCGCUGUGGAACGAGAGUUUCAUGCUCGAGCUGGAGGGCAGCCAGAAUGUGCGGAUUCUGUUGUACGAGGCCAAGGAGCGACCUCUGCUGCGGGCCAAACACAUACUCAAGUUGAGCUUAAGCUGGCUGACGGAGACCACGCAAACGCGUAGCAUCAAGCUGAGCGAGACCUUGGAGCUGGGCUGCAGCUUCCGGUUUGUGCCUGGGGAGCUGUGCCGAGCCACCACCAAGCCGGGAGCACUUUUCGGUGCCAAAAUGAGUCAAGUAUUAAAACGCGAAAAACGCGACAUUCCCUUUAUCAUCAGUGCCUGCAUUCGCGAGGUGGAGCGUCGGGGGAUGCUGGAGGUGGGAUGCUAUCGCGUCAGCGGCUCGGCCUCCGAUCUGGCCAAGCUAAAGAAGGCCUUUGAAUCGGACGCCUAUGAGGCUGAGCAGCUGCUCCGCGAAGUGGACAUCCAUUCGGUCACUGGCAUACUGAAGAGCUUCCUACGCGAACUGCCCGAGGCCCUGUUCACCGAUCAGUUAUAUCCGCGCUUCUUUGACACCUUCAGUGCGUUUAGCAAUAACAACGAAGCCACCAGGAUCAAUGAGCUGCUCAAGGUGUUUGAGGAGCUGCCGCAGGCCAACAAGGCCUCCAUCAGUCUGAUUCUAGAUCAUUUAAUUAGGGUCCAUGAAAAAGAGACGGACAACAAGAUGUCGCUGCACAAUCUGGCCAUGGUUUUUGGGCCCACCUUGCUGAGGCCGGGACAGACGCAGGUGAAGCAAAAGGAUCCGCUGGCUGCCAGUACUGUGGAUGUGAUGGCCCAGGCGGGCAUACUGUAUUGCUUUCUGCAGGCGCGCAAAAAGGAUUAGGAGGGACACGCAAACACACACACACACAUAUGGAAUAUAUAUAUUUAUAUAUAUAUAUUUUUUUAACAUAAAUAUGAAAGCCUACGCCUACACCUCUGACUCUCUGGCACAAGCACACCCACACAAACACACACACAGAAGAGGGAGACGGAGAGAUGAUGUGCUGCCAAUUGUAUAUACCAGGACCAGGAUCAGGAUCAGGACUAGGAUCAGGAAAAGAAACUGCUAUUGAAGCUAAGUUUAUUAGGGAUCUAAAUCAGUGAUCCAAAGGCAAGUCGUAGACUCACUGAUCUAAAUCAAUGGCGACACACACACAAGACAAACAACACACACAUACACACACACACCUGGGAUGAUCAAGUGUCUAACACUAUAAUAGCUCCUUAUGCUAAAGCUUCCCCUGCUGCUUAAUUGCUUACCCCCUCCCACUAUUUUAUACAUAUAUUCCUAUGUAGAUCUGUAGAAGACAUAAGCUUUAGCCUAGGGAUGGUGGAAAAUAUUGAUGUAUCGAUCAUAAAUUGAGAUUUUAGCGUUGCAAUAUAAAGUUAUGCGUUAAAUCGAUAUUCAGUUUGAUAUAUCAAACUAAUAUGAUUGAAAAAAAAGAAAGAUUUAAUUAUUUACAAUUUUUUGUAUAAUUUUUCGAUUUAUAAAUCAAUAUUUCAACGUUGCGAUAUACAAUAGGGCAAUAAAUCGAUAUUCUGUUUGAUAUAUGAAACUAAUAUAAUUGAAAUUGAAUUGAAAACAGGAAGAUUCAACAUGUUUUUGUAUACUUUUUUUUUUAAAUUUAAAAAUUAAAUGCAAUAUUUUUCUAUAUUUUAAAAUUCAAUAUGUUCAAGUUUACAAAUCUUUCGAUAUAUUUUUUUUUCGAUAUAUCAAAAUCAGACUCGAUAUACAUCCCUGCCUAGAGCUCUCCCUUCCCCCGCCUCUAGCUUAUUGCAAAACGAAACACGAAAGCGCAAAAGAACCGGCAAAAACAAAUUGCAAAAAUAUUUUCAAUAUUAACAAGCAUAUAUCUAGCGACAGAUAUGCCUACUUAUAUAUAUACAAUUAAUUACUAUAUACUUAGUACUAUAUAAUUUACUAAAGCGAGGUAGUAGCGCGAUUUUGCCGGCCGAUUGAUUGAUCAAUGAUCGAUACUUGAUAUGAUAUGUAUAUGUAUAUGUACGAUGUAUGUGUAUUGCUUAUAAAAAUUCUGUUUUUUUUUUUGUGUCGAUGGUCGUCUUGUUUUUUUU